CUGAUUGGACGUGAUGACAGUUCCGCCGUGGAACGUACCGUGUCCUGGUUGGGAGGGAGAGUGUAAUGUUGGCAACCGGAGGUAGAGCACCGUGUGCGGGAGGAGAGAGGCGGAGGAGGGACUGCGGCCAUGGAGUAGUGUGAACGGGUUCCCCCGAGGAUCCCGCACAGUGAUGUCCUGUAUCCUCCGCUCCUGUCAGUGUUAGCCCACACCUUUGGGUCACCAUGAAGCUGAAGCAACGAGUUGUGGUCCUGGCUCUGCUGCUGGUCAUUUUAGUCCUUACUAAACUUUUCCUGCUGGACAGAUUGGAGACCUCUGCGGCCCAAAGACAAGACCAGCUGGCUUUCCAGCGCAUGAUGUCCGGCCUGCGGCUCACCAUGGACUCGCGGCUCGAGCACACUUUACAGUCUCCCUGGGAAAUUGCAUCGCAGUGGGUCGUCCCAAGAGAAGUGUAUCCGGAAGAUACUCCAGAAAUGGGGGCUGUGCUGCACGCCAUGGCUACGAAGAAAAUCGUUAGGGCGGACGUGGGCUACAAAGGAACACAGCUCAAAGCCUUGUUAGUCCUGGAUGGUGGCCAAAAGGUGGUCUUCAAACCAAAAAGAUACAGGAGAGACCAUGUGGUUGAAGGAGAACCCUACGCCGGCUAUGAUCGCCAUAACGCAGAGGUGGCUGCCUUUCACCUAGAUAGGAUUCUUGGCUUCAGACGAGCGCCAUUGGUCGUUGGCCGAUACGUGAAUCUUAUCACAGAGAUCAAACCUGUAGCGACUGAGCAGCUGCUUAGCACCUUUCUAAAGCAAGGGAACAACACCUGCUUCUAUGGGAAAUGUUACUACUGCCGAGAAACGGAGCCCGCCUGUGCUGAGAGAGAGGUGAUGGAGGGUUCUGUUACUCUCUGGCUUCCUGACGUUUGGCCUCUUCAGAAGCACAGGCACCCCUGGGGCAGAACGUAUCGGGAAGGAAAGUUGGCAAGAUGGGAAUACGAUGAAAGUUACUGCGAUGCUGUGAAGAAGACUCCUCCUUAUGAUGCCGGACCCCGACUCCUUGAUAUUAUCGAUACGGCCAUCUUUGAUUACCUGAUUGCAAAUGCAGAUCGCCAUCACUACGAGAGUUUCCAGGACGAUGAGGGAGCCAGCAUGCUUAUACUACUGGACAAUGCUAAGAGUUUUGGCAAUCCCUCAAUGGAUGAGCGCAGCAUCCUGGCCCCCCUGUACCAGUGCUGCAUCGUUCGUGUUUCCACCUGGAACCGUCUUUCUCACCUGAAACAUGGCACCCUGCGCUCUGCCCUGCUUUCUGCCACAAGUCAUGACCCAAUCUACCCGGUCCUAUCUGAAGCUCAUUUAGAAGCCUUGGAGCGCCGCCUGCAAGGAAUAAUAGGAACUGUCCAACAGUGCAUAGAUCAGUUUGGGACAGACGUAGUGAUGGUGGAGGACCGGAUGACUCUUUCUCACGGGUAACUGUGGCAUUAGAGGAGACUGUGCCACAAAAGCGUCCAGACAGUAUGAAUAUUUUUUUACUGUACACCUACAAAACUGGUACAAAACAGCACAGUGCCCCCACAGACUGCAACUAGUAUUAUUGGGGGCACGUACAGCGGGGGAGGGCCUCCGACCUUCCCUGCUAUGUCUGAAUGAUGUAGACGUCUAUGGACAAUGACUUUUACUAGAGUUGAGAGAGAUCACAAGCCCUUCAGCUUACGGUGCGAGAUGUGUGGAGGAGGAAAAUGUUUGCUGAAUCUAAUUUAUUCUGUUGCAAAAUUUUAUCUUUCUUCCCUCGACGAUUUCUUUCUUUUUUUUUUUUUACUAAAAAAAAAUCUUUUAUGGCGUUGGUUUGCAACCAUACAGUUUGCACGGUGUCCACAUGGUGGCGCUGCUACAUUUUAAAGAAACCAUGUGGUGCAAACUGGUUGCUGUAGGCAUUCAGUGUCCUGCAGAGCUCCUGCUAAUUCCGUCAAAUGAUUAGACUGUUAAUUUAUGGAACUGGCAUUAAAAACGCAACGGGACAAUGUUUUAGCGCCAGUCUUUUUUUAUUUUUUUAUUUUUAAAUGGCAGCUGCAAACCAGGUACAAUUAACCCUCUUUAUUGCUUGAGAAUCUCCCGACAUUAGAAUUCACUGUAUUCUGUUGACAGCAAUCGCGCAGAUCCUUCUAAAUGAUACCUCUGUAUCUGUACACGGUCCAAAUUGUUCUGCCCUUAUACAUAUAGGAGACAGACACAGAGCAAUGUUGUCAGUGCAGACUUUCUUCUCUCUCCCUUAUUUAAGUUCUGUUAUUAGAUGGAGGCAAAAAUUCUCAUACCAGUGCUCCUAUGAUAAAAACACCCAGUUGAUAAACACAUAUGCACAUAAACACUAUUAUAUUUUUUUUUCUUUCAAAAACUUUUUUUUUUUUAAGGGGAAUUCCAGUUGUUUCAAGUUAUCCCCUUGAAACAAUCCACUUCAUUCAUUUCUGCGGGAGUUCCGGAGAUAGCUGAGCCGAGUGCCACUGUCCUCUCUGUUCAUUUCAUGGGGGUACGGGGCUUCCAUUCUGGUGAUCUGUGGGGGGGGGGGGUCCCAGUGGUAGGUCAUCAAUAUCAGAUCUGUGGAGGUCUAACUCCCAUCACCCCCGCCGAUCAGUUGGUUGAAAAUGCCACGGGACACAGAGAGCGAUGCGUCCCCUUCAGUAUUUACCUGAUUGCAGGGGCGUAACUACCAUAGCGGCAAACCAUGCAACUGCUAUGGGGCCCAGGGCAAGAAGGGGCCCAGGCUUAGUUGGGAUUAUCUCCUCUUCUACUGGAGGUGA